CAUUUUAUUUAUUUAAUAAACUGUUUUUAAACCAAUAUUUGAGAGCUGCUAAUUUAUUGAGCUGUGUUUCACCGGUGUUUGCGUGUUUUGAAUGUUGCCGUUCGUACCGUAACUAAUACUUUUUAGAUGCAAUUGCUCAAUUGAAUCCCCGAGGGCGACAUAAAAAGGGGGAAUUGCAUUAAAAAGAUUUGCGACUCACGCACCGACAUUGCACGGGCACCUGUGGCGAAUGUCGCCGGUGGCGCCCAGAAGACACGCUGGGUGUGUCUCUGGGCGGGGAAGUAGUGCCCACCCACCCCGCUGCGUCUCCUUCCUGACGACUAUAUGAGGAGGUGUCCGUGCAGCACACUUUUGAGCCUCAUCUGUGCAUGCUGCGUUGCCUUUCCGUCUCAACAAGAAGAAACAACUCGCACCUGUGGGAAUUACUUUUAGACCUCAAGAUGCCUAGGUCGUUCCUUGUCAAGAAGUAUUUUUCCAGCAAGAAGCCACCAUGCUAUAGGGAUAGCCACCUGGAGAGCCAAACUGCUUUGGUCCCAGAAAGUUUCCCACGGGCUGAUCUUCCGACCCAGAACUCUGCCCUGACCUGCUACCCCUCAGACCUUUUCAGCAGCAUGGACAAACUGCCUGCACCCCUCUCUCCAAUCGCCUCAGCGUCCCUCCCGCCAUCACCACUUGGACCUCUGGACCUCAGCAGUUCUCCCUUCAGCAGCAGCGGUGAGGAAGAGGAAGACGGGGGCCGUUCUUCGGACCCCCCCAGCCCGGAUGUCAUCCAGCCCGACUACCACUGCGUGUACUGCAGUAAGAGCUACGCCAGCCUCUCCGCACUGUCCCACCACCAGACAUCCCACCACCAUCAGCUCCCGGUCAGCUCUCCGUCACCGCCCACUGAUGUGUCGGCGUCACGGCCGGCCUUCCAUUGCAAACAUUGCCCCAAGGAGUACACCAGCCUGGGCGCCCUGAAGAUGCACAUCCGCUCCCACACGUUGCCAUGUGUGUGUCCCACCUGCGGAAAGGCCUUCUCCAGACCGUGGUUGCUAAGGGGACACAUUCGCACACACACAGGUGAACGUCCGUUCGCUUGUCAACAUUGUAACCGGGCCUUUGCCGACCGCUCCAACCUCCGUGCACACCUGCAGACACACUCCGAAGUGAAGAAGUACCAAUGUGGCUCCUGCUCGCGGACCUUCAGUCGCAUGUCUCUGCUGCACAAACACAACGCCUCCGGAUGCAGCCCUGCCUCGUAGCUCCGUUGGUGCCACACCCACCUGAGGGACUUUGCCUUGAGUGCCUUUUUUUAAAUUGCUGGACAGUCUGUUUUUCCAUUUAAAAUUGGUGUCUGCAGCAGCCUAUAGACUUAUGUAUGACACAACAGCAGCUGGACAUGCAGUUAAAUCCCAGGAAACCCCAAUUGGUGCCGGCCGGUCCGGGACUCUGGCCAUGUUGCAGCUGCUUGGGUGUGUUUUUUGUGUACCGUAUGUGGGGAUGCCAUUCCUUAUUAUACAUGCAUGAUGUGUGCGUGUUGAGACAGCUGCCUGAGAAGGUGGGUAACAGGUGACCCUCCACUCACCCAUUCAGGAGCCCCACAGGGUGUCCCCGCAUAUGAACAGACCACUUUAGCUUGACCAAAUGACCCAGUUUGCUUUCACCACUAUUUCUCUAGUGUCUUAAUGGCGUGUGUGUCUUUUUUAAAGUUGUUUAUGAACUAUUUUGAUCAUCACAUGCCUUGUUUGUGCAUUUUUUCCCCUGCCACAUGUAAAUAAAAGCUUUUUUGUAGAAAAAAAAACCUUCCU